CAGAAACAUUGAGUAGAAUCCUGUAAAUUGUAAAAACAAAACAAAAAAAAAAACAUUGUUGCCAAUACCAGUAGUAUUUUUAAAAUUUGCGCUAGCUCUGUUUUAUUUUUUUUUUUACAAAAUCACAUUUUCAUUCCAUCAUGUCAUCCAUGGUCUGAAGACUUGUAUUUUUAAACAGUGACGCUCAUGUUGCUGGAAAAUAGUUAUUUUGAACUUGGUAAUUCAUUGCGAAUGUUCAAUAGUUUCCCUACAAAAUAAUGCUCUGUAAUUAGUAAACUGACAUUUUUUUCUUAAACAAUUUCUGAUAGACAAUGUGCUUGAGCUACUUCUAAUUGGUCCUGGAGGAUGCAUCUGGGAUUAGCCUUUGAAGUUGGUAAUACUGAAAAAUGAAGUGAAACAGACAAUCAUUUUAGUCAAUUCUUUUCCAGAAUGAGAGUGCUUAAAGAGGAGGAUGCUAUUCAUGUGGCACAGCUUGAAGCAGGGAUCUGGUGCAGGUGGAGAUGGGCUUGGCUUAAAUUGGAGGCCAAAACAAAAAAGCAAAGAAAUUAGGCAAAUUUAAUUUUAAUCUUAAAUUUGUACAUCAACAUAUACUUGGUGUAAGUACAAUGUGUAAAUAAUUGUUUUGCAUGAAGAAAAUUUGUUUAUUUUUCCUUAUAGUACUCUUCCAGAUUGCUUAAUUUAUUUUAAAAUUAAAAAAAUUAUCUGCGGUGGCCCGGGGGAUCCCGCCAGACCCCAUACAAGGUUGUUGUUGGCUUUUUGUCACCUUUUUCAUGCAUUUGGUGUGUGCAUGUCUUGAGUUGAAUCAUGAACAUAUUUGAAGUCAAUCAGCUUGAUUACUGCUUCGAUGCUAAUCAUACAGUUACAGAAUACUGUACGUGUCGAUGUCAAGUCUUAACAUGAAACAAUUUUGUCAAAUGCCUGAGAUCCAAAUCAAUUGAUUUGAAGCCCUUGAGUUUUGAGUGAAAUUGAUUAGCGGAUGUCCUCAUACCUCACACUGUUUUCUAUUGUUUGUGUUUUCCUUUUUUGCUGCAUUCCCCAAAGUAAUAACGUGAUGCCAGAUUACCCAGGGGCCUUCAUCUCAAGUGACCUUUACACCUGCGUCUACAGAUACUUUCUCCUGCGCCCCUCGCCUCCCCCUCCCCCAAUACAACAGCAUCGCCACACAUUAAAAACUAAAUGAAGAUAAGCUGUUCAUUGAAACUGUGAACGUGUCACCAAAGAUGACCAGAUGGAUUUCCACAGUCUUUUAAUUGGGCUGACAUUCAGCCAUGUGUGUGUGUGUGUUUGUGUGAGAAUAGCAAAGGUUAUUCAAAGAGCAAGGUACACAGCUGAAGCAUGCCAUCGUUUCAGCUACAAUGUGAUGCAGAGUCAGUCUGUCUCAGCAUCUUCUCGUAUCCUCAGAACACCAGCGUGCUGAUGAGAGCAGCGUGUUGCGACCACUCGAAUGUCAUGUGGCUCAUUGUCAUGGCCAGUCAGGGAUCCUUUCUCCAAAUGCUCCUGGGGGGAGGAUACAAAUUAGCCAUGGAUGCUACCUAUUAAUGGACAUUACUCGACACGUAUUAUAGUUUGUAGUGAUGUAGUAUGGUUUUAAAUCUGCAUGUGCCAGGUCGGUGGUGCCUUAUCUGUAUGUGUGUCCAUUGUUUGCUUCGGGUUUGCUUGGUUGGCACGUUCGCUUCAUAGUUCUGAGGUUUGUGGUCUGACUCUGUGGCGUUUGCUUGCUGUCUCUGUGUUUGCAUGGGUUUAUUUUAGGUAGAGUAAUUAGUUGUUGUUGUUUUUUUGUAUAGUGUAAUUUAUCUCAUAGAUGUCACCACAGUACCUCAUUGUUAGCACUUCUGCCUGACAGCAGAAAGGUUCUGGGUUCAAAUAUUGGCUCUCAUGUUCUCCUUGUGCUCGUGUGGCUUUUCUCCAAGACCCCCGCUUCCUCCCUUGCCUUCAAAAAACAAACCUGUUGGUUGGGUCUGGGUGGGAUGACCCUCUUCGUCGGUGGUUGUCCUGCCUAAUGGGCCCGACCUGCAGGAGCCAUGCCUCGUAAUCACCCACUUAGCACACACUCACAUCAUUCACUGUAUAUAUUUUUCUCAGUAAACACAUCUGGGCACAUACACAUACCAAAGGGUUCCUGGGGGACUGGUAUGGGAUCGGGUUUCAGCACGUCUGUGCCGUUUCCCAGUUAAAAGUUAAAAAAAGCAAUUAAACAUAAAACAAAUAAAAACAAUACUACUAGAAUUUUAAAAGAAUUAAAAUGAUAAAACAGGUAAAAAUCUCAUUCUGAUUAAAAAUGGACCGUUUGGGGCUUGUCAAACGUGCAGAGGUUGGUGAUUCCAAAGUGUGGGACCAGCAUCAGAAAAAGCUCUAUCAUCACUGAGCUUCUGCGUAGACCUCGGUAUCUAGCAGCUGCAUGGUCAGCUAACCUGAGGCAAAUUGUCAAAACUAGACAGAUGACAAAAGAUUUGCUUUCAUUCAUUGAGUGGGCGACCCAACUAUUUGUAUACAAUAAAUAAAAAGUCCAUUUUCACUAACAUGUCCACAAAUCAGUGGUUUUCCCCACUUGCCUCUUGUAGUGAUGUUGACGGUUGGACAAGUGUGGGUUGAAAAGUAAUGAUAUUUUUGUAAAAUGAUUCACGUCAUGGGGAAUAAAACACAUGAUCAGCGGAGGGGGCGGGGCCAGGCCAGGAGGCUCCUAUAAAAGUAGGAUGGAUGCUCCAUCAUUGAAGACACACACAGUCACACACUGUGCGAGAUUCAGGGCACCAUGAAGGGUCUGACGGUGAAAAACGUGUGCCGGUGUGGCUUAUUGACUUGCUUUGUCUUCUUCUCUCUCGCUUCUAUCAGCACAGCUGUUAGCUUUGACCUCACUGAGCUGAGGAAUAAAGUGGCCAAAAUUAAACUGAAUCCCAGAGGGAACCUUUGGGCAACAGGGCAUUUCAUGGGCAAGAAGAGUGUGAUGGAUACCCCGCUGCUCUCCUCCACUGAGGACCAGGGGGUGGGGGCCUUGGCGGUCUCCCAACCGUGGGGGCGCAGUAGCCUCAGUGAGCUUUUCCAGGACUUCCUGCGGGUAGCCAUGCAAGCACAGAUUGACUCGCAAGAGAGCCGCUUAAAAACUCAGGAGGCAGAGAUGUUGAUGAGGAUUUUGGAAACCUACACACAGAGAAAGUGAUGCACCGUGAUGGCCAUUACGGACAGUCCACUGCUCACAAUGAUUGUCAUCGAUUCUCAUUUUUGUACCAUUUGCAAUACUGGAUUUUUUUGUUUUGUUUUUCCAAAUACGACAAUAUUUGAUCUUGUUUGCUUAUUUAUAGUCAGUCAUCAGUUCCACUGCUGUCACUCUGUGCUGAUAUGCAGGAAAAACAAGACCUCAGAGGAUUGUAACAUCAUCUAUUACCUAUUGUGUGAGCUUCUUCCAUUUUUCUGCACAAACACAUCCAAAAUAGUACUUGCACUGGGUACGGAACUUAUUCAGACCCCCUUAAAUUUUUCACUCUUUGUUAUAUUGCAGCCAUUUGCUAAAAUCAUUUAAGCUCUUUUUUUCCUCAAUAAUGUACACACGGCGUCUUAUAUUGACAGAAAAAAUAGAAUUGACAUUUUUGCAGAUUUAUUACAAAAGAAAAACUAAAAUAUCACAGAGCCAUAAGUAUUCAGACCCUUUGCUCAGUAUUUAGUAGAAGCACCCUUUUGAGCUAAUACAGCCAUGAGUCUUUUGGGGAAUGAUGCAACAAGUUUUUCACACCUGGAUUUGGAGAUCAUCUGCCAUUCCUCCUUGCAGAUCCUCUCCAGUUCUGUCAGGUUGGAUGGGGAACAUUGGUGGGAAGCCAUUCUCAGGUCUUUCCAGAGAUGCUCAAUUGGGUUUAAGUCAGGGCUCUGGCUGGGCCAUUCAAGAACAGCCACAGAGUUAUUCUAGCUGUGUGCUUAGGGUCAUUGUCUUGUUGGAAGGUGAACCUUGGGCCCAGUUUGAGGUCCUGAGCGCUCUGGAGAAGGUUUUCGUCCAGGAUAUCCCUAUACUUGGCCACAUUCAUCUUUCCUUUGAUUGCAACCAGUCGUCUUGUCCCUGCAGCUGAAAAACACCCCCACAGCAUGAUGCUGCCACUACCAUGCUUCACUGUUGGGACUGUAUUGGACAGGUGAUGAGCAGUGCCUGGUUUUCUCCACACAUACCGCUCAGAAUUAAGAAGAAAAAGCCUAUCCCAGCUAUCAGGUCUCAUCAGAUAAGAUAAUCUUAUUUCUCACCAUCUUGGAGUCCUUCAGCCCUGACUGGUGGAGGGCUGCAGCGAUGGUUGACUUACUAGAACUUUCUCCCAUCUCCCGACUGCAUCUCUGGAGCUCAGCCACAGUGAUCUUUGGGUUCUUCUUAACCUCUCUCACCAAGGCUCUUCUACCCCAUUGCUCAGAGUUGCCAGACGGCCAGCUCUCGAAAGGAUUCUGGUCGUCCCAAACGUCUUCCAUUUAAGGAUUAUGGAGACCACUGUGCUCUUAGGAACCUUAAAUGCAGCAGUUUUUUGUUUUUUUUGUAACCUUGGCCAGAUCUGUGCCUUGCCACAAUUCUGUCUCUGAGCUCUUCAGGCAGUUCCUUUGACCUCAUGAUUCUCAUUUGCUCUGACAUGCACUGUGAGCUGUAAGGUCUUAUAUAGACAGGUAUGUGGCUUUCCUAAUCAAGUCCAAUCAGUAUAAUCAAACACAGCUGGAGAACCAUCUGAAGGAUGAUCAGAAGAAAUGGACAGCACCCGAGUUACAUAUAUGACUGUCACAGCAAAGGGUCUGAAUACUUAUGGUUGUGUUAUAUUUCAGUUUUGCUUUUUUAAUAAAUCUGCAAAAAUUUCAAUAAUUCGUUUUUCUAUGUCAAUAUGGGGUGCUGUGUGUACAUUAAUGAGGGGAAAAAAAUAACUUCAAUGAUUUUUAGCAAAUGGCUCCAAUAUAACAAAGAGUGAAAAAUUUAAGGGGGUCUGAAUACUUUCUGUACCCACUGUAUAUAGCAUGUUCAUUUUGGAGGCUUUAGUUCCUAUUUAACUGCAUAUUGCGUCUAUGUUUAUCUCAUAUAUACUGUAUAUAUACAGUAUGUGAUGGCAUUGUGAUAAAAUACAAACAUGUUGCCAAUAAAAGCACACAGAUGGA